AUGUCAACUGUCCAGCAGUUAGCCCUCAUGUCUUGCAGCUCUGCACAGAGUGCUAUGACGUCUGCAAUGAACCUGCCUCAAACUUUGACCAACACAGCGAAUUCGCUGAUUUCAAUGGGAAUUGACGAGAGUGUAGCUGGUCUACUUGCAACUCUACGUUUACUAAUUAUAGGGGUUCAAAAUUUGGUGAUUUUUUCAUUAGACAUGUGGGUCGGUACUUACGCAUGUUUGGCAGUCAGUCUGAUUGAUGGAACCAUUACCAAUGUAGCCAAUGCUACAGAGUCAAUUAUCAGCUUUACCAACAAUGAGCUCCAGUCUGUUACUGCAGACUUGGAGACUGGUUUGGACGAUAUUUCUAGUGCUCUGAACGAUGUGGCUGCUUUUGUGUCUGACAUGGAGAGCUUCUUCUCAGGCGAUAGUGACGGUAUAAGCAAAGUGAAUUUGAGCAUAAAUUCUUUAAAGAAUUUGCAAAUCCCCACGUCAAUAAACUUGAAGCUAAAUGAUCUGAAGGAUAAUCUUCCUAGCUAUGACACGGUGAAAACAGCCGUUGAAAACGAAAUAAAAGAACCAUUCACAUUACUUUAUAAUCAGCUGAACGAUACAAUUAGAGAGUCGAUCAAUUUCAGGCCUGCCCCAUUCACUGCUUCUCCUCAGAAUAGCAGUAUAUAUUGUACACCUCAGCAAAUCAAUACCUUGUUUAAUGAAAUUUCACAUGAUAUUGAUGUACUGUUGAAGGCAUUUCUUAUCACUAUGGCUGUCAUGGUCGUGCUGAUUUGCGUUCCAGUUGCGUACCAAGAAUACAGUAAACUGAGAUGGUUAAAUACUUGCGCUGAUCUCAAGAGUGAUAGAAUUAAAACUUCUACAAAACAAGCAAAUUUGAUCAUUAUAAACAUGGCGAUGAAUCGUUGGACUGUACGUCUUCAAGAUAUGGUCGCCAGAGUCGUUGAAUCUGAUAAUAACAAGGCUAUGUCGAGGUGGUUGAUAGACUAUGUCACUUACCAUCCCAUGUUCAACUGUCUCGUUAUUGGGUUACUUGGUAUUUUGGUUGUUAUCCUGCAAUUUUCCCUUCUGGCAAUCAUAAAGAGAGAGCUUCCGAAAUUGGGUUCACAAGUAUCGAAUAUAGAAUCAAAUUUUGCUCAUGCCAUAAAUCAGCAGCUCACUUCUUGGGUAAACUCGACAAAUAAUGCUAUAAACGAUACCGAAGCUAGCAUUAAUAGCAAUUUAUUUGGGUGGGUUGAUACGGGGACUACUUCGAUAAAUAAUACGUUGACACAGUUUCAGAAGUCCAUGAACACAGCACUCAAUGAGACAUUUCAGGGCACACCACUUUACGAUGCUGUAUCUAGUGUCGUUCAAUGUGUCAUAGGUGGUAAGAUAAGCGAAGCAAUUGAAGGGCUAACCUGGGUUCAUAAUGAGGCACAUGUGACACUUCCUAGAAUAAGUCCGUCUUUGGUAUUAGGACCUACAAAUAACACGAUAGUAGGCAAUCAAACAUUGACUCGAAUUCAAGGAUCUUCUUUAUUUCCUAUAGAUCAUGUUGUUUUUCUCGAUAGCGGCAUAUCGGACGUUUCUCAGUCUAUUGAUACAGUUGUCAAUGCCUUGAUUGGCACAUAUACGAAAAGCUUGAUGGUUGAGCUGUAUGUGUCUAUAUCUCUGAUUGCAAUAUGGCUCUCCUUUGCAAUUAUUGCUCUCCUGUAUUGUUAUGUGAAAGCAGUGAAAUCAGAAUCCCAUCCCAGUCAUGACAUGUCAGAAUCAGUUAAAGGCGAAUCCAACAUCCCUCCUCUGCCCGCUGCUAACCCAUGUCCCGGAUACUUUGAGAACGUUAUAGAGGAAGGCUGGAGAUAUAAUUGGUUUCAUCCUCCUUCUUUCUUGGCUGGUAAUCUCUAUAAAAAUUCUCCGUUGGCCUCUCCUGCCUCAACUACGGUACCUCGACCACCACCUUUACCAACUCCAGUAGCUUUCAUGGAGACUCGACCGCUGUCGGUGAGAUUAAAACAUUCAUCGAUGGUACGAUAUAGUACUAAGGCGGACUCUGACUAUCUCAAAGACUAA